GGAAGAAGGGGGAAGGGGAGGGAAAAACGAAGGAGAGGACGGAAAAGAAGGGGUUAGAGGAAGAGCAGAAAAGGGAAGAGAGGGAAGGAUAAGGGAAGGAUGAGAAAAGGUGGGGGAUGGAGGAAGAGAGGGAGGGAGAGGAAGAAAAUGAGAGGAAGAAGAGGCGGAAGGAGAGGGAGGGAAGGGAACAAGAGAAAGAUGAUUUCCCCAUCCAAAGUCAUUAGGGACAGGAAUAGGACUGAGAUUGAAGGCCGGGCGAAGUGGAGCCGCGCGGCCCAGCCUCUUCCUUCCGCUCAGGUGCGACGCCGUGACUCAGGCCUGAUGUCAUGACUCAGGCCCGAGCGACCCCAGAGCGCAGCCCCGGCCGAGCGGGGUCCGGCCGCCGCCCCGCCCCCCUCUCCCCCCGCGCUCGAGCGCCGGCGGCGAACGCCCCUGGGCCCCCGCCUCCCCCGGAGGCUCUGCGCGCUCUCCGCUUCUUCCCCUCCUCCGCCGAGGUCGCGUGCUCCCGCCCCCCACCGUCUCCACCGCCGCCAUCUUUGUUGAGGGCAGCCGGCAGCCGUGGGAGGCAAGAGGAGACGGCGGCAGGAGAUGCCCAAGUCGUGCGCGGCUCGGCAGUGCUGCAACCGCUAUAGCAGCCGCAGGAAGCAGCUCACCUUCCACCGGUUCCCGUUCAGCCGCCCCGAGCUGCUGAAGGAAUGGGUGCUGAAUAUCGGCCGCGGCAACUUCAAACCCAAACAGCACACGGUCAUCUGCUCGGAGCACUUCCGGCCCGACUGCUUCAGCGCCUUCGGCAACCGCAAGAACCUGAAGCAGAACGCCGUGCCCACGGUCUUUGCCUUCCGGGAGACGGCACAGUUGGUUAGGGAGAACACGGAGCCUGCUGGCGAGAGAAGCGAUGCUCAAGCGCAGCCCGGGAAGGACCUCUCCGAUGCAAGGGCUGGGGAACACCCCCCGGGGAGAAGGAUGGAAAUCCCACUUGACCAGCACCAGUUGUCCCCUGAUGUCGAGGCUUCUGAAAAAGAGGUAGGGUCCCCUCACGCUUUCCCUCUCUGUCCCCAGGUCUCCUCCUCCUGCCUCCUGCCCGCCGGCGCCCCCGGGCAGAGAGGCCCGCUCCCCCGCCCAGCUUCAGAUCACAGCUAUGCCCUCCUGGACUUGGAUGCUUUAAAAAAAAAGCUCCAGCUCACGCUGAAGGAGAAUGAGCGGCUCCGGCGCAGGCUGCAGCUGCAGAGAGCGGCCAUGAGGAGGAUGUCCAGCCGGCUGCAGGCCCUCCAAAAGGAGAAGAGGCGACAGAAAGCCCCGCAGAGGGCAGAGGAGCGGCCGGGCACUUGAGCUGCUGGGCCCUCGGCCGCCAGCCCUUUGGGGAGAGCCUGGUGGAAGAGGGGCCGGACGGCCCUCGCUCGCUGCCCCGGGCAGGGACGGAGCCCGGACUCAUUAGUGUCUGCUUUCUUGCUGCUGCUGCCUUCUCAGCGGACGGGCCCUCGGGGUCAGGGAGCUCUCAGGAGCUGACAGUGUGAGCCGGGCUGCAAGAAGGAUGCUUGAAUGCGAGGAGAUCUCUGCAGAGAGUAGCCUUGUUGGAGCCAGUGCCCAGAGUCCCCAGCCCCAGGCCCGAGCUAGCCCGCAGAGGGCCGGCCAGUGUAAAGCCUCAUGGUUGGACGAGGGCUUCCAGACUCCCCCUGCUCUGAGAGUGCGCCGGCCCUUGCACAAGGACUUUGCUCAAGAGGAAGCACUAGUUUAAUUUCCCUCCUCGCUCAACGCACGCCAUUGUAGACAUGGAAAAGCCUUAGAGAAAGUUUCACUUUAUACCUUGUAAAGCUGGACAGGGCAGAUACCUUUGACAAGUAUUUUAUUGAUUAAUUAGAAGGCCCCAGCCCGGCUGAUGGACUUUCCUGCCCCUGGGACUUGGGGUUCCCCCCAACAGGGAGACACCCAGUCCUCCUGUCCACGUGCCCUUGUGUGAGGCAGGGGGAGGCAGCCCUGCUGCUCAUGAAGCACGUGUGUGUGUGUGUGUGUGUGUGUGCGUGCGUGUGUGUGCGUGUGUGCAUGUGUGUGUAGGAUCAAAUCAGUCUGAAAGGAGCUGCAGCCUUCAGUGCAAGCACCGCCCCUUCCUGUGGUCGUGCUUUUGAAAAAUGAGUCUUAGCGCCAGCUUUCAGAAAGGGUUUAUUAUUGACAAUACAGUGCCUUCUGUACAACCAGCUUCAAACAAAAUGAAGAAAAUCGGUACCUGAAGGAACCGUCUGCAACAAAGGGGACAACGGGCCGUGUUAGGUCAGAGUCAUUCGGCAAAGUUUAUUGCACAGCUUGAAUUCUUAGCUUCAGGUUUGGAAAACAUUGUAAAAAUGGGCAUGAAUGUCACAGAAUUAAGACAACCAGAACUAUUUUUAAAAAAUUAACUGGGGAGGGAGGAGGGAUCAUGACUGAUUACUCUGAUACCAAAGCCCAGGCAGGAGAGUUUGAUUCUAAUAUUGGGGGGAAUGGGGGGAGGAACAGAAGGCCUGCAUUGGCUACUGCAAAUCAAACUCCUGCUCACGUGAUUGACUGCACACUUAGGAAAGGGCCGCACGACCCUCGGAGGAGUACAGGAACGAGGCCCGUCUGCUUGCUGGACUGAAUGCUACCGCUAACCUGGAAGACUGUUCAAGUAUGCCGGCUUCUAAGAUCUGCCUCCCAGAACAGGCAGGUCAAGAAAGAGCCCCACCCAAAGCCAAGGAGUCACCCGGCUCUCCAUUCCACACCGAGAUGCCUGCUGGGACCCUAGCAAAGGGAGAUGCCCCAGGGCCAAGUGCCGGAGGAAGCCCUGGAGGGCGGCAUCCCCCUAGAAAUUCCCUCCCUCCCCAUCAAGUUUUCCCCUUGCCUCCCUCUGGCCUUCCCCUUGCCCAGUGAGUAGGUGGCCGUCCCAGAGUCCCAGCCAGAUUGGGUGGAAACACAGGAAAGAGCCCCAGUCUUUUCCGUGCAUCGUUGUGCAUCGUUGGGGAGACAGGGAAUGCUAGUUGCACUAGGAGAAAGCCGAGUCCUGGGUGUAAGGAUCAGUUUUUUAGUGGUAUGGCAGAGAUGUCUUCCAGAUACAUUGGUUGUUCUCAGGUAAAUUCAGAAAUGUCUCCAAAUCCCCUUUUCAAUAAUCAUAAGACGUGGAGAUUGUCGGGAGGAAGCUUGGAUGGACACUCACUUGAUCAUCAGGACCACACUGUGGCCUGUUUUUUCCAUUUGGUUUGCAGGAAGCCCCCAGAAGUAAGGGGGAGAUCACAAUGUCCCAUAUACACCUCAUGAAAAAACCCUGAAAUUUGGGGUGGGUGGGCCACUGUGGGCUCAGAGGCCGGAGGACUUGUUGGAGGACACAGGGCUCUGCGCCCCCAGGUUCCUCGAGGAGACGGCUGUUAGUCAGCUUUGUGGUUCUAGCCAAGGGCAGUAUUGCCUUAGUACUAAAGUACCCAUGAAAGCUGGGGUGUUCAUGUGUCCCUUCACAUAAUUGGUAAAUGACCUUCUACAGGAAUAAUACAAAAUAAAAACAUCUGUAGGUUUCUGUUU